AUGAUCGACACCGAAAACCUGCGUACAGCGUCGCUGUACAUCAACAACCAGCUGCUCUCCAGAGGCCUUCUGCGCGAUGGCCAAAGCAUUGACUUCGCCAGUCCGGCGAUGAACCAUGGCGAGGAUGCCGCCACAAUGGGGCGCAUCGUGAGCGUUCUCAACGACCUGAUCAUCCGACGCGAUCGGGAUGCGGAGCACCGUGAGUCGCUCUCAGCGACGAUGCGGACCCUUCGAGCCGAGAACCUGAAGCACGCAAACGACAUUUCACGAUUAACCGAAAAAAACAUUGAAUCGAAGAGGAAAGUUGAGAUUGCCGAGGCCUCUGAGACUGCCCUGAAGACGCAGAUGAAGUCGGCUGACGCAGCAAUCCGCAGUCUGAAAGAGGAGGUUGCCCGCACGAAAGGAUUGGUGGCACAGGCUCGUGCAACAUGUGCGACCGACGUGCGCCGACGCGAUCGUCAGAUUGACACGCUCAAGAAGCAGCUCGGAGAAGCUGGACGAGCGCGUGGAUCUCGCGGAAGCUCCGCGGUCAUGUCCAUCACCGUCACCGGGGAUAUUGGUGGAGAGAAGGGCUCUACCAUCCGGGGGGCCAGCUCGACCACGGACGACUACGAACUACGAAACGAAACAAACUCUUUCCUGGCGAAGCUGGCUCAGGACCUGAGCGAGGAAAACACGGCUAUCCUAAACGUGAUGCGCCGGACGAUGCAACAACUACGAGAAAUGAGCGGCUGGAACAAUGAGCAAACCAGUCUGGCGAUUAAGGAGGAGAGUUGGGAGGAUAUGGGAACUGAGCUAGACUCCGUGCUCCACCACAUGCGCACAAUCUUAACGAACCCAUCCUUCGUGCCAAUUGAGGAGGUUGUGGUUCGCGAAGAGGAGAUUGCCCACCUCAAGGAUGGCUGGGUCAAGAUGGAAAGUCGCUGGACUGAGGCUGUCCACCUCAUUGAUGGCUGGCGUAAGCGAAUGGCUGCCAGCGGAAGGCCAGUCAACGACGAGGAGUUGCAGAUGGGGUUGCGACUCAGUCCUGUGCGUGUUAAGAAUGUGGAGGAAACCAGGCAAGCCGCUGCACCACGACUGUCCGCCGUGGCAGAAGAGCUCGAAGAGGAUUUCGAAGAUGGCCUCGAGGCGUUGCAGUCAUCACCAUGCCCCUCGGCCCAUGUCUCCCCAAGCUUACGAUUGGUUGACGAUUUCGACCAAGAGAGCGAUGCGGAGUCUGAAUUUGACGACCAUGUGCCGGUGGAGGAAUACGACGUUGACGAGCCCAACGUUCAGAUUCUCCAGCAGUCAACAGCAGCACCGCUCUUCCAAUCCAGCUUAGGCUCGUCGCCCUUGCCGGAGCCACCCAAGUUGAGUCCCUUGAAGGAUUCAGCAUCCGCGGGCAACCGGGGUCCCCUGCGACUCGGUAAACCUCUUCAGCGACCUGGAGACUUUACCACAAUUGUUGAGGAAAACACCUGGGACCUGGCAGUUGAGGCUGGCAGGGCCGUCGCCAACGCGACCAUGGGUAACGAUGUCGGCCGAGAUCGCGCCUCGUCGACGUCGUCCCUCGACGAAAUACUCCUUGUCAAGUCCCCUUUGGAACCAGCGCCUAAAGUCCAGCCCAUGUCUUCAAGGCCAACAUCUCGCCACCAGAGCCCUGAGCGUAGUUCUACCGAUUCGGGUAGACUCUCUGGGCCUCUUGGAUCCCCCAACCGGUCCCCACGUCGCAACAACGCCUCGCGCCUCCCUCUACCGCGCAACGCAGAGCCAGCGCCCCAACAGAGCCCUCUCACCAUGGCAACCAUUGCCGCGAAAUUGGCGGCGUCCGAGCGUGAAGCCGACGCCGCACGAGUUCGCGCCAAACUACGCGCCGCCCGCGGACCUCGCGGUGUCAAGAAGCCCACCAUUGCACCCUCCCAACCAGAACCUCAAGUGCCUCAAGCCUCCCAACCGGUGGCCCAGGAGAAGGAGACCAAGAGCACAGGGAGGGGACACGUGGACCCUAUCAAGCGCGACCGUGGCGCGGUGCCAGUGGAUGAUCAGCUGAAGCCGGAGAAGAGGCGGCGGGAUCGGAGGACAAGCAAGACUGCGUCGCGACGGAGGAGUACACUGAGUCCGUGGGAACUCGAGAGCCUGAUUACGGGCAACGUGCAAUGA